UUUACGUCCUGUUAAAAAAAAAAAAAAACCCUCCGAAACCCCAAAGCUCCAACAUGUAUUUACUAAAUUGAACAUGUAAAAGUAAAAGCAUCCCUCCGGAAUUUAUACCGCGACCAAAGGACGCGUUAAAAGCAACUUUAAUCUCGUAAGCUCCAUCCGUCGGUUGUUAUUAAGCCGUAAUGGCUGCCACCCCUCCCGGACAAGGCUUCCCGAACAAGACUCGUGUGGCCAUCUUGGCAGAGCUGGACAAGGAGAAGAGGCGGCUGAUGCAGAGCCAGUCCAUGAACAACCCCGGAGCCAACAUCCCCAUGUCGGCCCGGAGCAGCCUGAAGGAGGCAAGGGACAGCGCGGAGCAGCAGCACAUCGCCGCCCAGCAGAAGGCCGCCCUGCAGCACGCCCACAUCCACUCCUCCGGCUUCUUCAUCACCCAGGACUCCUCGUUCGGGAAUCUCAUCCUCCCGGUGCUCCCCAGGCUGGAGCCCGACCUCUGACUCCUCAUCCUUCCGGUGCUCCCCAGGCUGGAGCCCGAUCUCUGACUCCUCAUCCUCCCGGUGCUCCCCAGGCUGGAGCCCGACCUCUGACUCAUCAUCCUCCCGGUGCUCCCCAGGCUGGAGCCCGAUCUCUGACUCCUCAUCCUGCCUGUGCUCCCCAGACUGGAACCUGACAUCUGACUCCCCAUGCUCCCAAACUCUGACUCCUCAUCCUCCCGGUGCUCCCCAGGCUGGAGCUCGACCUCUGACUCCUCAUCCUCCCGACCUCUGACUCCUCAUCCUCCCGGUGUUUCCCAGGCUGGAGCCCUAUCUCUGACUCCUCAUCCUCCCGGUGCUCCCCAGGCUGGAGCCUGACCUCUGACUCCUCAUACUCCUGGUGCAUCCCAGGCUGGAGCCCGACCUCUGACUCCUCAUCCUCCUGACCUCUGACUCCUCAUCCUCCCAGUGCUCCCCAGGCUGGAGCCCGACCUCUGACUCCUCAUCCUGCCUGUGCUCCCCAGACUGGAACCUGACAUCUGACUCCCCAUGCUCCCAAACUCUGACUCCUCAUCCUCCCGGUGCUCGACAGGCUGGAGCUCG